AUGGCGACCAUAACCGAAGAAAUCACGACGAGUGAAGAAAUCACCGUCGUCGGCAAGACCGAUCGUGCUUCCAAGUUCCAACGCCCUCAGUUCGGCGAGGCAAGCUCAAAAGAAGAAUACCCCCACGGCCCAAAGCUCUGGCUUACAGUCCUCACCAUCUCGGCCGUCCUCAUCCUCGGCGCCCUCGACAUCAACAUCGUCGCGACAGCUGUCCCCUCCAUCACAAACGAAUUCCACACAUCCGCAGACGUAGGCUGGUACAGCUCCGCGUUCCGCCUCACAACCUGCGCGUUCCAGUUCAUGUUCGGAAAACUGUACAAGUUCUUCCGCGUGAAGAAGGUCUUCAUGGCCUCGAAUGCGGCGUUUCUGUUCAGCUCGAUCAUCUGUGCCACGGCGACGAGCUCGGCGAUGUUUAUCGUUGGGAGGGCGAUCUCGGGAGUGGGCUUCGCGGGGAUUCUGUCGGGAUUGAAUGCGUUCCAUGUGUUCCCGCCGAGGCGGAGGCCGAUGUUUAUAGGGUUUAUGUGUGCUCUCGAGAGUGUGGCGAUUGUGAGUGCCCCCAUCGUGGGCGGUGCGUUGACGCAGAGUCUGGGGUGGCGGUGGUGCUUUUGGAUUAAUCUUCCUGUGGCGGGAGUUGCGCUGUUGAUUUCAUUUUUCUGUUUGCAGGAUCCUAUCUUGGUCAGGGAGGAUCUUGAACUGCCGUUGAAGGAGAAGAUCUUCCAGCUGGACCUUGUGAGCAACGCGGUCUUCAUCCCGGGUCUGACAUGUCUCUUCAUUGCUCUCUCCUGGGCCGGCGUGAAAUAUCCCUGGUCUGACGGGCGAGUCGUCGGCCUCCUCGUCACCUUCGGAGUCUGCAUGACCGCAUUCCUGUACAAUCAACACCGACGAGGCGACCGCGCCGCCCUACCACUGCGUUUGUUCAAACACAGGAGCAUCAUCGGCGGCUUCAUCUUCAGCAGCGGCGUCAACAGCGUCCUGAACGUCUUCUCGUACUACCUCCCAACCUACUACCAGGUCGUCCGCGACUAUGCUCCCGCAAAAGCCGGCUUCAUGAUGAUCCCGAUCACCGUCGGCGAUAGCAUUGGAGCGGUUCUCUUGGGCUUGGGGACCAGCUUAUGGGGAUACUACACUCCUUUCAUGCUCGUGGCAUCCAUCGGCAUGCCGAUCUUCGCCGGCCUGAUAUCGACUUUCGAUCCAGCUACCAUCUCGGCAAAGCUCAUCCUCUACUCUGGCGCCGUGGGUCUCACCACAGGAAUUGGAUACAUGGGACCCAACCAUGCCACUCGCACGGUCCUCAAACCAGAAGACGCAUCGCUCGGCACAUCCAUCAUCCUGUUCGGCGGCAACUUCGGCCCAGCGCUAUUCAUUGCAGUGGCCCAAGUCAUCUUCAGCAACCAGCUUUCUGCGAAUCUGAAGGUUUCCAUGCCUGGGACGACCGCUCCGGGACUCGAUAGCAGUGGUCUUCAUGGAAUUUUGGAUAGUCUUCCCCCGGCGCAGCGAGCGGAUGCGGUUGCGGCGGUGAGUAAAAGUCUUUCGCAGACGUGGUAUCUUGCUGUUGCGUUGGGAGGAGCGACGUUGAUCGGGAGUGCGUUGAUGGAGUGGAGGUCUGUUAAGCAGAAGAAGGCGUGA